AUGACUCCUCUUCCCACGCCCGUAGAACACCUGCAGCAACUCAGUGGGUUCCCUCCCUCUUUUAUUUCCCCCCACCCAAUGGUUAGAUGUUCCAAUCUAGCCAAUACUCUCUCUCUCUCUUUCUCUCUCUCUGGCGCUGGCCCCCUCGAAUGCCUGUUGUCACCCAUCAAUGCUCCUAAGGAUAUACCCUUUUUCUGUUCAAUUCCUGCCUCUGUCGAGCUAGUCUGUCCCCAAAGCGACCCCUUGAGGGCCUACAAUCCCACUAAGCUCAUUGGCACACUCACUAAAAACCAUCGGCUCCUUUUCAUUUAUUGCAAUCUCUCUCUCUCUCUCUCUCUCUUUCUCUCUCUUUCUCUCUCUACUUUGCAAUCUAUCUCUCCAGCCUCUCUUCUAACUAUAUAUAACGCCCACUUUCUCCCUCUAUCUCUGUUUUUCGCUCUCUUACCUCUCUUCUCUCUCUAUUUUCCCACCCUUUCUCCAUCUCCAAAUCACUCGCUUUUUCUUACUCUAUUUUCCUUCCCUCUUUUACCUCUCUGUUUUCUCUCCUUUACCUCUUUCCCCUUCCGCUCUCCUUAUCUCUAUCUCCCUCCUUCUUCUCCUUCUUUCUCUCUACCCUCUCUCUCUCUCUCUCUCUGUCUGUCCGUCUCUCUCUCUCUCUCAUAA